UUGCUUUAAGAGCAUUGCGAUUCGGAAUAAUUAAACCUAUAUUUGCUGAUGUUCCAUGGAACUAGAACUGAUGCUUCAUUGUUUUUUUCGGCACUUUUCACUUACUCUAUUGUUGUUUGGAUGUGUGUACAAGGCAACGUUUCGUAAAUUAGUGUGCUGUUCGUUAGAUUUCCAGUAUAUUUGCUACAUUUGGAGUCGUAGCUGUAAGCUUUAUUUUGUCACUUUGUUGAAUUCUUAAAAUCGAAAAUACUUUACACUGUGGUGAAUACGUUGUUCAAUGAUUGCUUGUCAAGUACGAAGUGUUGAUUCCAUUGUUCGAUCUUUCCAUAUCGUUAUGGGUAAUUAAAGUCACCAAUAGACGCCUGACGCCGUUGAUUUGACUGCUAUUCCGAAUAUUUGAACGCAAACCUUCAUUAUUUAUUAAUGAGCACAAGAGGAAUGUUUGAUCAUUCAUUGAAAGAUGUCAUAUACUGUCGAUUUCACUCUGUUUACGUAACGAAGUACUUUAUUUGAAUGUCUUGGCGACACUGGAUAUCUACGAAAUGUUCUCAAUCGCGGGCCUGUGGACUUAGUAUAAAAUUUGGGAAGUAAUGAUCUUGUUCAUAUUUUUAAAAGGGUUACCAAUCUAGCGAUGCACCUUGGUGUUGCGUACCUUGUAUUAUGCACAUUCAGUCUUUGGUGCACGAAGGCGCAAUGUAGCAGCGGAAACCACGAAGGACGAGGAUCAAGAGUGGACUCUAAGGAGAAAGCUCUGCAAGAGAGUAGAAAUAACGCAUAUAAUCUAUCUGUGUUCAUCAAUAAAGUACUCAAUGCAUCUGACAGAAAGGUUCGGCCUAACGCUGGCGGAAAACCAGUUAUGGUACUUAUUGAAUUCAAAGUCAUCUCAUUUGGUGAGAUUAAAGAGGCCAACAUGGAAUACUCGUUUGAUAUAUUCUUGAGGCAAUGGUGGAACGAUCCAAGAUUUGCUAACAACUUCACUAAUCCUUUCACGAUGGCUGCUGAUCCAACUACGAUGUUCUGGACUCCUGAUACUUACUUUUGGAAUGUCAAAAAAUCAUCUUACCAUCACGUGACAAGAGAGAAUAUGCGUGUCAUGAUAUGGCCUGAUGGGAAAAUUUACUUCAGCUCAAGGAUAACCAUAACAGCACAGUGCGACAUGGAUCUCCGYCUGUAUCCCAUGGAUACCCAACAUUGUCCUCUUAUAAUCGAAAGCUAUGCGUAUACUACUAAYGAUCUUAAUUACACUUGGAAAGGAGGCCAGUCGCAAGGRAUCGAGAUCGUAUCUAAGGAAAUGGCUCAAUUUGAUUUGAUUGAUGUUAGGACAGCAACAAAGAGUCAGAAAAAUAGCAAGGGUUCGUUUGCCAGUUUAACCGCUACRUUCUCCUUCAGACGACGGACAGAAAGUUUCGUGUCUUCAGUGUAUGUGCCAGCGGUUGUUUUAGUCGUGUUGUCAUGGUGCUGCUUCUUUAUCCAGCCCGAGGCUGUCCCAGCACGCAUUGGUUUAAGCAUUACCACAAUCCUCACUUCGAUCUUACUUCAAGGCAGUGUCAAUAGUAACAUGCCUAAAGUAAGCUACAUGAAGGCUGUAGACUACUUUCUACUCACAUCAUUCGGGUUUAUUUUUGCUGCACUGUUGGAAUACAUUUUAGUGCUGAAUAGUGGCCCUCARUUCGAUUCCAAUAACGUUUGCAAACGAAGCACAUCAGAGCAAAUGGAUUUGACAAUUGAUAGUGAUUGUACRCCUAAUGUUGAUAUCGUUGUCAAGGUGAUGGACGAAGGAGCCUGUAGAAUUCGCAACAAAAAGGGCAGCUACAAUGUACAAAAAGAAACUCCAAAAAUCGCAACAGCCAGAAUUAAGUCUGUUCGAAAGCAACACUGGAUCGAUAGAAUAUCCCGAUUCAUCUUUCCUACAUUUUACGUGAUCUUUAUAAUAUGCUACACAUCGUACUACCUCUCAAAGAGGAAAGAAGAAUGAGCUGAUUGAAGAUAGAUUUUUUCGAUUGAGAGCUUAAUUAUGUUAAGGAGACUAUAGAUUUGCGCUGUAAACAGCAUCCUCAGAGUCCUACUGUGCAGUACUGUUUGUGGUCAUGGCGGUUCGAAAUGUAGCGUGCUGCGAGAUAGAGUCAUUUGGCAUUUUUGGCCUAAUUGCGUCUACUGCUGAGAUCUUUGGGGUACGAAUUUAGCACUCCGCCCGUGUUCAGGUCGACAGCUCAUUAAGCUUAAACUCCCAUGCAUCUCUUUCGAGAAAUAGCAAGGAUCUCAAUAGAACAGAUUUAUUUUCAUUUGUAUGAAACGCUGCUGAAUUUUUAACAAAGAAUAGAAGUAAACAGGCUGAAAAUGUCAAAGAAGCUUGAUUGWGCCAGUUUAUCGCUGGCGUUAACGGAAACUCUAAAAUAUAUAAAAAAACAUUACGGUCGCCAUCUUGAAUUUUUUCCUUUUGGAUAGGAAUUCUUUCCGGGAGUCAUCUUCGGGAAAAUUCAAUAUCUACAUGAAUUUCAUUAGAAAUGUAUUUAAUGGUGAAGUGCUCUUACUAUAAGUCUAAAACGUACACAAUAAACGGUGUUUGUUUGUUUUUUAUUCGUAAAUGUAACGAGCAUUCAUUAGUGAACUGAAGAGGUUUUUGAACGAAUCUACUUUUCUCUGAAUUUACCGUUUAUUGUGUACGUUUUAGACUUAUAGUAAGGGUACUUCACCUUAAAUAUAUUCCUACGAUUAUGAAAAAGUCUUGUGAAGUCAAAAACUUAAAACAAUUUCAGAAAAAUUUUAUUAGAAAUUUCUAAUUUUCCCUUUCAAGGAUACUUAUUCAAUAUGGCCGUUCAUUUUGUGUGACCUAGAAAAAUCAAUUUCGRGUAUAGCAUCAUAACCCGAGAAGCUUUUUAAAGACGUUUUCUCUUGUAUACGAKUAUUCCAGCUAAUACACCCUCUUUCCGACUAAUUUCAAAGACGUUUGGCAACGAAAUCAUUAAGCACUGUAAAUUGAGAUUAAAUUCAUACUAAAAUAAUUCAAACAAGAAUACAUAAAUACAAAGAUCUGUUUAAAUCUUUGAAGAGAAACCUAGUAUCCACCAAGCAUCAAGCUAAAAAGGCAGCUCACAGUUUAGUCUCAGUGGUCUCUGUAUCAUUCUACCGGUCUGAAUAUUACGUUUAGACUUUCGAUACCCAUCGAGUAAUUAAAAGUCACACUAAAGCGCAUCCUACUUGUCACUAAUUUGUUGGACUAGCUAGUAAACAUCAUAAUUGGUCUCUAGUGCCGACAAUGAUGUCGAAAUGUAAAACACUAGAAAACAAGACUUCAAUCGUUUAAGAUUGUAAUUAAAUUUGAUGAUUUGGGCAACCAUUUGCAGAAUAAAAUUAAACAGAACAGCAAA